AUGGGCGGCGGCGGUCUGGGGACCAGGGCGGGCCUGGACGCCUGCCCGGCCGUCCUCAUGUGACUGACAGAGGACGACCUGGGCUGCAUCAUCUGUCACGAGCUGCUGGCCCGGCCCGCCACGCUCUCCUGCGGCCACAGCUUCUGUCACAACUGCCUGAUGGGUCUGUGGGGCGCAGGGCGCCACAGGUCCUGACCCACCUGCCGCGAGGGCGCCGAGCGGCCGCUGCAGCUGCGGAAGAACACGAUGGUGCAGGACCUGGAGGACAAGUACAUUCGGGAGGCACGCGAGCUGGAGGGCCCGAACCCAGCGCCCGGGCCCCCGCGCCGCACAGCGCAGCUGCCGGCGGUGGCGCAGAAGAGCAUCACAGAAGUUGGCUGGGGGCUCGCAGAGCUGGUGGAACGGCUUAUAGAUACUGUCAGGAGCCUUCAGAGUCAGAGACAUCUCCCAGAAUCUGAACCAGACAAUGAAAUGAGCAUCCUGGCUGUGGCUUUGUCAGAUGGGGUGGACUUUUCCUUGGCUUCUCCAAAACUAGUGACUUCCAACACACCUGAGGGGAAAAUGAGAGAUCUCCAUGACCUUGAAGAAAUCCAGGAAAAAUUACAAGAAAACUUCAUGUGGAAAGAGGCCCUUGAAGAACAAAUGCAGGUUGAACUGCCAGAAGCUCUGUCUUCCUCCUCAUGCCCACUGCCUGACCAGAGCCACCUGGCACCCAAGAGGGCUUCCUCGUUCGCUCGAUGGGUCAUCAAUCCAACCUUUGACCUAGGGAGCCUCUCCUGUAGCCUGGAGGUGUCCAAGGACACUGUUUCUCACCGCCCACAGCCCUAUCCCUGGAGUCACGAGAGGUUUGCCUCCUGCCAGGCCUUAUGUUCCCAGGCUCUCUCUUCUGGGCAGCAGUACUGGGAAGUGGACACUCAGCGAUGUAGCCACUGGGCAGGUGGGGUGGCUUCCCGGGGGAUGGGGCGUGACCAGAUCCUGGGAAGGACCAGGGGCUCCUGGUAUGUAGAGUGGAAAGGGACUAGCCAGCUCUCUGCAUGGGACAUGGUCAAGAAAACUGUCCUUGGCUCAAACAGACCUAGUGUGGUGGGCAUCUGGCUGGACCUUGAGGAGGGAAAGCUUGCCUUCUAUUCCGUGGCUGAUCAGGUGAAGCUCCUCUCUGAGUGCCCAGUCUCUGCUGCCUUUCCUCUGCACCCUGUCUGGCUGUAUGGCUCAUUCCCUGGAAGCUCUCUGACUGUGAGGCAAAUAAACGUAUAAACAUUCCCUUGGUGUUAACACAUGUUGAAUUCCUGGUCUCUCUGCCUUCAAGCAGGGAGUCAACUUGACUUAAGUUAACAUCCCGCUUCCAAAGUUAAGGGAUGCAAAGUAAAUAUUUAACCCAGCAGGCUUGCAUUGUUCAAACCCUGCACGGACCGGUUACAAGAAAGGACAGGCUCUUGAGUGGGAGAUAGUAUCUAAGCCCUUGGAAUAUCCUGCCUGAUAAGAGUGUAUUUAUCUGAGGGCCUUGGGCCACACAGUAUCAGCUUGAUUUCUGGAAGGGCUGGAAACUAAGGUCAGCCACUUGGGCGGUGAGUCUGCCUGCAUGACCGACCGCCAGUCAAAGCCUUGGGCACCAAGACUUGAAUGUGCUUCCCUGGUUGGCAGCAUUCCGUGUGUGUUGUCAUACGUCAUCCUGGGAGAAUUAAACAUUGUCCCCAUAACUCCACUGAGAGAGGAGUGAGUGGGCUCUCUUGGCCUCUGCCCUAUGUGCCUUUUUCUGUUGCUGGUUUUAACCUGUAUCCUUUCACUGUAAUCAUCUGUAACCGUAAGUAUAACAGCUUUGCUGAGUUCUGUGAGUCCUUCUAGUGCAUCACUGAAAAUGAGAUUGAUUUUAGGGGACCCCCCCUACACACACACAAGGGGCGUGCUAUCAAUUGCUGUGUAAUACUAUUAUCACACAUUCAGUGGU